AACAGAAAACCAGACGCAGUGAGCGAAGCUGGCGUAUUUACGUUUCUAUUUGAACUUCUUAAUUUAAACACACGAGUAACAAAACUCACUGGACCGUAUUAUCUCUGCAGCUCAACGAAUGAUGUAAGAAUGAGAGGAGAACUAUGGUUCAAACAUCCAUUCUGCUGGUGUCUUUGAAUUUGUUUUUCGACCACCUCCACUCCACCGUACUACAACUGACCUCUGACCUCACUUUGGAAGUGGACAUAUGAUGACAAGGUUGCCCUGUAGGUGCAUAAAACAGUUGCAUUCAAGUGGUAAAGAAGCACAUGAGGAUGAGUAAGUGGGGAGACCGACUGAAGAAGGUUGAGCAGCUCGCUCAGUCUUUCCAGCUCAAUCCUCUGGCCACACGCUACAAACCACGACUGUUGCCAUGCCAGCCUUCCUCCGUCUGGAAGCUCUUCCCUCGUCAGAGCCUGGCUAUCGGCUUUGCUCAGAGCUGCAAAGAGGCUGUUCAUGUUUUUGCACUUGAAAAAGAAAAGUCAACUCUAGGCCAAAGGAUCUACCUGGUUACCAGUUACAGUGAGCUGUGGCAUUACUACAGGACUUACACUCAGUCCUUGAUGCACUGCUAUGAGGUGAUUCCAGAGGGUGCAGUUUGUAAGCUUUACUUUGACUUGGAGUUCCACAAGCCCUCGAACAAAGGAGCUGAUGGGAAAACUAUGGUGUCUUCUCUUAUACAGUAUGUCUGUGACAAGCUAAUGGAAGUUUAUGGGAUUGAAUGCUCUGCAAAAAACAUCCUCAGUCUUGACUCCAGCACAGAGGAGAAGUUCAGUCAACAUCUCAUCUUCAAUCUCCAAAAUGCAGUUUUCAAAGACAACAUACACGUUGGUAGGUUUAUCAAUGCAGUUCUUAAACCAGUCCUGAGCAAAACCAAAAAUGGAAGUUGCCUUGAUGCUGGGAUGAAUUCAGUGGCAGAAAACAGUGAAACACGCAGAACACCUGCUGCUCCUGAGGGGAAGGCAGCGGCAACAGGCGAGGUGGCUCAAACUCCACAAACCAAGAGGCGUAAGCAGGAAGAGACGGACCUCAACUUCCUCAAGGUGAAAAACAAGGAUGGCCAAGACUGUCUCUUUGUUGAUCUUGGUGUCUACACCAAGAACAGAAAUUUCCGCCUUUACAAGUCAUCAAAAGUGGGAAAAAACGCUGCGUUCACUGUGGCAGACGACAACCAGUUCUUUGCUAAACCUGAGAAGGGGAUCUCUGCGGAGGAAAGUGUAUUCUUGGCAUCCUUGGUCUGUAAUGUGAGCUUCACAGGUCAGAGAAUUCUAACUUGGGAUGUCCCAGAAACAAACGAAUCAAAGACUUGGAGUACUCAUUGUCAGCAGGGAUCAGCCCCGAAUCAAAGCUCCCUUUUUGGCUGCCUUAUGUCUCCUCAUCAAGAAGUGGACAACUUUGUACUGACAGUGGUUAGAAAGGAUGGAAUACAAGGAAGCAUCAGGCGGUGGAACUACUUUGUCGCAGAACAACUACUUGUCUACGACAUUGCCAAAUACCGCUGGUGUGAAAAUGUGGAAAGGUUUCAUAAAAGUAACAACAUAAUGAUUGUUGUGGAUUUAAAAGAGGAAGUGUGGUACCAGAAAUGUCACGAUCCUGACUGCAGGAACUUUAGAUCUUCAAGUUGCCCACUGCCACAGGAGAUCUGUGUCAGCUACAUCAUGACACUGGAUGAGGAGGACCAGGCUUACUUAAUGGACAAUGAUGGCAACAUUGAACCCAGCCAGGCAGUGAACCAGGCACCACAGAGCACAGUGUGUCCAGAGGAAGAAUCUGCUGACGUCUGGGGAGACACACAGGAUGACCAGGACUAUUUAGAGAGCCUUGACGACUUUGAACAAACCAGCGAGGGGAUCUCUGAUCAGGUUCUGCUCAGUUGCAUGUCAGAGUUUGAUUCCCAGUAGAAGGUAAUUUUGUCAUGCACUGGCUAUACGACAUCAAAUAUGCUGUUAAAAGGUAACUUUAAGUCCUCCUUUUGAGCAUUUAUAUGUAGUAUAAAAACAUGUAAUAACUGGUUUUGACCGCAACGUAUUUGUAAGUCGAUAUGAAUUUUUAUUAUUCUAUUUGUCAACAACUGUAGCUCCUCCUGUGGACACCCAUAAGUGGAGGCUGCUGU